GCCUUCCUGAUGUAUAUAUGCAGGAGAGAGAUUUGAAACUGCCCUUUGAGACGAUAAUAGAAUAACACUCUGUUUUGGGGAGCAGCGGUUCUCCUCAUUUUUCUACUCUCUUGUGGGAAUGAGUUGCCAACCUUUUACUUCGGCUGAUACCUUUAUGCCUCUGAAUUCCGAGUCUUCUGCAACUCUGCCUCUGAUCAUGCAUCACAGUGCGGCCGAGUGCCUCCCUGUCUCCAACCACGCCACCAACGUGAUGUCCACAGCAACGGGACUUCAUUAUUCUGUUCCUUCCUGUCACUAUGGAAACCAGUCAUCAACCUAUGGAGUGAUGGCAGGUAGCUUAGCCCCUUGUCUUUAUAAGUUUCCUGACCACACUUUGGGUCAUGGCUUUCCCCCCAUGCACCAGCCUCUCCUGGCAGAGGACCCUGCAGCCGCUGACUUCAAGCAGGAACUCCGGCGGAAAAGUAAAUUGGUUGAAGAGCCGAUAGACAUGGAUUCUCCAGAAAUCCGAGAACUUGAAAAGUUUGCCAAUGAAUUUAAAGUGAGAAGAAUUAAGCUAGGAUACACCCAAACCAACGUCGGGGAAGCCCUGGCGGCCGUGCACGGCUCUGAAUUCAGUCAGACAACUAUCUGCCGAUUUGAAAACCUGCAGCUCAGCUUUAAAAACGCAUGCAAACUGAAAGCAAUCCUAUCCAAAUGGCUGGAGGAAGCGGAACAAGUGGGAGCUUUGUACAAUGAAAAAGUGGGAGUAAAUGAAAGGAAAAGGAAACGGAGAACGACUAUAAGUAUUGCUGCUAAAGAUGCUCUGGAGAGACACUUUGGAGAACAGAAUAAACCUUCCUCUCAGGAGAUCAUGCGGAUGGCUGAAGAACUCAAUCUGGAGAAAGAAGUAGUAAGAGUUUGGUUUUGCAACCGAAGACAGAGAGAAAAACGGGUGAAAACAAGUCUGAAUCAGAGUUUAUUUACUAUUUCUAAGGAGCACCUUGAAUGCAGAUAAGAUUUCCUAUUGUGUAAUAGCCGAUUGAUUCAUUUUUUCAUUCUUUUCUUUUCUCCAACAAAAAUAGAAAUUAGUUAUUUGGUUGCCUUCAAAAAUCAUUUUAUAUCAAUAACUUUUGCAGAGGCUUUUCUUUUCUACUUUAAUACAACUUAAAUUAUAUUGAUGAAUUAUUUUCUUUAAAAUAAUUAUUCUCAGAAGCCACAUGGUACAUUUUACGCCAAAGAUACUAAUACGAAUAAAACAAUGAUUCUCUCUCUCUCUCCCCACACACACACACGUGAGUGUGCACAUGGGUCUUUUAAAGUUUCCUUCUUCAAAGGCUGUAUAUUAGCUUUUUAACAUUUCAGUUACUAAUGUCACAUAGUUAAAGAAUAUCACCACAGAAGAUCCAAUUAAAAAAUUCCUUAACCAGUGUCCUGCUUACCAUCAGCUGUUUGUUUGAACUAAAAGUUUUGCACUUAAGAGCCAGAGGUACCUUCGAAUUUUAUUACUGCAUUUAGGAACAGAUCUUAAUCAGAAGCGACACCUUUGAAGCCAAUAUUUAGGGCAUAGCACCCAAAGUGUGUUUCAAAAGAGGCUUUUUUGAUGUUUAGCUAUAGAAAAUAUGCUUUAUGGAUUCUUGAGGCCCAAACUUCUCUUCUUCUAUAAGCUGUAAAGUGCCGGGAAGAUAUCUGUUUGUCUGCUGUUGUUUCUCCAGUGUCUGGGAAAGUGCUCAUACCGGGCACACAAUCCUGGUUAAAUGAAUGAAGGCGUGUGCUGUUAACAACGGCUACAAACUUGAAGGGUGCCUAAUUUAAUAACAUAAUUUAUUUUUAAAAUAUCACAACCCAGAAAGUCAUCUGGGAUCCUAUCAAAAAAGACUAUCACUUUUGGUUUAAUUGAUUGGAAUGAUUUAUUAUUAAUGGAAAAGUUUGAUAUAUUGAGCUUUUCAAUUCAGGGAAUUGUAUCUCAAGGAACAUAUUUAAUUUAUAAGAAUGCACUUCUUUGAAACUUGCAAGUAGAAGCAAACCAUACUGUGAUAUCAAUAUCAAACAGCGACUUUUUUUUUUUGCAUUUUGAAUGUAAAUCUGCUGGCUAUGUUUAUCUAACUUAUUUUAUAUAACAAAAAUGGGAACAAUCACACCAAGCUUUAUUAUUGACUUAGAAUGCUUACUAAAUAAAUUAUACUGUCCAGUC